UUUGAGAACCGUCAAUAUUGAAACGCUAACAGUGAACGCUAAUUCUGGCGGAAACAGGCUGACGAGUUUACAGGAAGAAGGAGAAGAUUCGGUGACGUUCGGAAAAGUGUUGAGCUGACGCAAGCAACUCGGGUUAGAUUGACGGAGAGAAAGAGUGGUUACGCAUUGGUUAAAAAGCGAUAGGUUCGGGAGAGUGCAGGAAUGCGUACAGAUCGUGUCAUGAUCGAGAGAGAAUUUCGGUGGAAAGAGAUAAACGACGGAGCUAGAGACGCCCGAUAAUCCACCGAAGACCAUCUUUCGACAUUCUGUUGACUAAAGUUACCGCGAUAAGACGUGUUUCGUUUCAGCUGAUGCAUAAUGGCCGAAAAGCGUCACGACAAUGGCGCAGUGGACGCUCCCGAGAAGAAAAUGAAGAAGAAAAGCACAAGUUCGAAACUGGAUGCUGUCAUGAAAGAGUUGGCAGAAGUUAAAUCCUCCAAUGUCAUGAUGAAGCAACAACUAGAAAAAGCACAGGAAACCAUCAAAUCGCUUCAGGCCAGCCUUCAAUCUCCUCGGAGUGAGGGAGACGUUGAAAGCGUUGAAUUCAACGGUAAUGCUGGCCCUUCGAGCACGCGCCGUCAGAUAAACGAGACAGGUACGGAAUUGACGAGGUUCAUGUCCUCAAUGAACCAAAUGUCCAUAUCCUCAAUUCGCUUACCGGAAUGCAAACCAUCAGUGGAAGGUGAGCAAGUUGGAAGGCGUGAUUUUGAAGCAUGGAAGGAUCUGCUCUUGGAUUCGCUCAAGCUCGCUGGAGUUGAUGACGAGCCAACUCAAUUCGUCGUUUUUAAAGUGAAAGCCGGACCAAUGCUUCUGGAAAUUUACAAGAACACGAAGUCCACCUCUGAGGCUCCAAGUGACGUGAUGUAUCCGUUUUCGAAUGCGUUAUUUCGACUGAAAGCAUAUUUUGGCUCAGCGUCAGAUAUCAUGCUUCAACGCCGCAAACUUGCGGUGAUGGCUCAGCGACCGGAGGAAACAGAUUUAUCGUUCAUCAUGAGAGUGGGUGCUAUUGCUCGUCUAUGUGACUUCGCUGAGGGGAAAGAGUUCGAGGAGAUAAUUAGCACCGUUGCCGAACACGCCAGAAACAAACAGGUGCGCACCGUUGCUUUGAAAAUGUUAAGCCGCCAGGGGUCAUUCACGGAUCUAGUAGAUAAGGUCCGUGAAAUUGAGGCCGUGACAAUGAACGAAGAGUUUUACCACUUGAAACAUGGCAAAACAGAUCAUGCAAUGGUUGCUGCUGUUAGUGUUCCAUAUGCAACAGCAGGUCCAUCCCGACAAGGAUCAUUUCGUGGUUCGACAUCUCGUGCAAGAUUCGGCUAUCAGUACACCAGUCGCGGUGGAAAUCGAUUUCGAACACCCUACGAAAGAAUAGGAUUAUACAAGCAACAAGAGUAUGGACGGCCGGAUCCAUAUCGGUGCUUCAGAUGCAACAGCGUUUAUCACAAACCGGAAUCCUGUUUUGCGAUUGAUAAAGUUUGCUUAAACUGCGGCCGCAAGGGACAUAUUCAGAGAGCUUGCCGUACUUCCAUGCAAAAGGAAAAUGAACGUUUGACGGAUUUUGCAAAACCAAAUGUUGUACCGAGUCAGAUUGCUGCGAUUGAACAGGGAAAUGGAACGAAGGCGGAGGACCCAGCCGUAGAUAAAAAUGUAGGUGAUAUAACCGAGAUGUAAGGUAUCAUCUUCAACCUUUCUUUAUACAUUGGAAUGUUCGUCUUUCAAAUCUUAAACAAUAUGAGACACUUGUUUGAAUUAAAACUAAAUAAAUGUUGAUAACAAAAAAAAAAAAUAAAUAAAUAUAAAAAUCUAUCAUGAAUUGUUUUCAAUGUUUUAAAGAAAAAGCAGGUUCGAUGAUACUAUAGAAUUUUCAAAAUAUUAUUUGAAACUGAUUAAAUAUAACUUUU